AUGACAGGCUCAGCGUGGCCACCAGAGCUCUCCAAGGAGCACGAGCAACACGUGCUCGACCAUGCCGCCGACUGGGCGCUCGCUCACGGCCUCGUCCUCCGUCCUCUCGACGCCUCGACAACGUCCGCCAUCCACGCUCCUUACUCGCUCUUUCCGUCGCCGUUCCCGCGGCACUUGUUCGAGGAGGCGAAACGACUCCAGCCGCUGUACAACGACCUCUAUGCGCGCAUCACGGCCGACGACGCCUUCCUUGAACAGGUCGUCGGAGGAGCAGUCAGCAAGGUCGACGAGUUCCAGGGCAGGCUGUACGAGAUCUGGAAGCAAGUCAAGAAGGAGGGCAUCAAGCAGCCCCUCGCGCUGGGCUUGUUCCGCUCCGACUACCUGAUCCACGCACCCGAAGGGACGUCGCCAGACCAGUACGAGAUCAAGCAGGUCGAGUUCAACACGAUCUCGAGCUCGUUUGGCGCGCUGUCGUCUCGAGUUACCGAGUUGCACCGCUACCUCGGCGCGAGCGGCGUAUACCCUGCCCACCCUUCCCUGACUACCUCCGCCCUCCCCCCAAAUGCCGCCCUCUCCGGUCUCGCCGCCGGACUCGCUGCCGCACACACGGCCUACGGGAAAAACGAGGCUGUCGUUCUGAUGGUCACGCAGGACAACGAGCGGAAUGUGUUCGACCAGCGGCCGCUCGAGUACGAAUUGAUCGAGAAACACGGCAUCCGACUUCUUCGCAUCCCCUUCUCUCAGCUCCGCACUACCCUCUCGCUCGACCCCUCGACCCACGCCCUCCUCUACACGCCCCCCUCGCCCGUCGCCUCGCUCCCCUCGCCGCUCGAGAUUUCCCUCGUCUACUACCGCACCGCCUACGCUCCAACCGACUACUACACCCCCGCCGAAUGGGACACCCGACUGCUCAUCGAGCGCAGUAAGGCGAUCAAGUGCCCGAGCGUGGGGAUGCAGCUUGCGGGAGCGAAGAAGGUCCAGGAAGUGCUUGCUUCGCAUCCCGAGGCACUGGAGAGGUUCGUUCGAGCGGAGAAGGGCAGGGACGAGUUGAGGCGGACGUUUACCGAGUUGUAUCCCAUGGACGACUCAGAGUUGGGAAAGGAGGCGCUUCGAAAGGCGUAUGAAGAGUCCGGACGGUUCGUGCUGAAGCCUCAGCGCGAGGGUGGAGGGAACAACAUCUACCGAGGGGACAUCCCGCCGUUCUUGGAUCGCCUGGCGGAGGAGGACAAGCGGCGAGGGAUUGAGGAGCAGAAGGGUGCCGAGGCGCGAGGAGAGGGCGUCGAAGCGCAGCCGAGGGGAAGGGAGGGGUACAUCCUGAUGAGCCUCAUCGAGCCGCCGAAGGGCAUGGAGCAGGUUCUCGUCAAGGCGGGCGAGGACAAGGGCAGGAGGGCGGACGUCGUCAGCGAAUUGGGCAUCUACGGCGUCGUCCUCCUUCGCGAGAACAUCGACGAUGCGACAGCGCCGCCCGAGGUGCUGGUCAACGAGACAGUCGGGCAUUUGUUGAGGACCAAGGGGAGGGAGAGCGAUGAGGGUGGAGUCGCGGUCGGGUUCAGCGUGAUAGACUCGCCCAUGCUCACUGAUUGA